AUGGCUGCCAACAGCACCCCGCAAAAGCCCUUCGAAGGCGAACAGUCCCUCUCCGAACACAAUAUCCACGUCUCCCUCACAUACGACUCCCUCGACGCCACAAAAGCAAUGAACCGAGUCAAGAGUGGCGAAGCUGGAGCAGUAGUUCUUUUCGCAGGCUGCACCCGCUCCACCUUCCACUCCAAAACCGUCACACAUCUCGCAUAUAGCACAUACCCACCCCUCGCACUCCGCACCCUCCUCUCUAUUGCCAAAGAUGUAAAAGCCAAACACGAGCUGGUGGGGAUCUCUAUCAGUCAUCGUCUAGGUCGGGUGGAUAUCGGAGAGGAAAGCGUGAUCAUUGCUGUGUCGGCUCCGCAUCGUAAGGCUGGCUGGCUGGCUGGAGAGGAGUGUUUGGAGCACGUGAAGGAGCGGGUGGAGAUUUGGAAGGAGGAGUGGUUUGAGGAUGGAGGGGUGUGGAGGAGUAAUCGGGAUGGGGCGGUUGGGGUGCCUGUUGUUGAAAGCUGA